AUGAAAUUCUUCAAUUUACUCGCUUACACUGCACUUAUUGCAUUGAUUUCUUCUCACAACGCUGAGGCUCAAACUGUUGCACCACCAACUUCUACUCCUCCUACCACUGAUCCUAAUACUGUUUCAGAAUCAGAUCUUCCACCUUUUACUUAUUCGCUUACCCAAAAAUCUCCCGGCGAAUGUUCUGUACUUUGCGCACAGAACACGGAUUAUUGUACGACAAAUUGUGGUGGAAAAGACAAAGCUCUAAUGAAUUUCUGUAAUGCAACCACCAUGGCUUGGGGAUGUGGUUGUUCGGACAAAGUACCCGAUUACAAAGCUUAUCAAUGGCCCAUCAAUUUUGCUGACUGCCAAGGCAAAGGUCAAGCUUGUCAAAGUGCUUGCGCACCAGCUAAUAAUACAUGUAUCAACAAUUGUCGCUCAUAUUAUACAAACAGAUGCGGUACACCAAAUCAACCACCAUCUUAUUAUAACACUAACGACGUAAAUGCUGUCCCGUCUUACGGUCCUCCACAAAAUAAUACCAAUAAUAAUACUUUAGGUGGUUCUGCCAAUGGCCCUACCAAUUCUACUGGUACUAAUAGUACUGGUUCUGUUAAAAGCGAUGCUUCAUCACUCUCUUUGUCCUUUUCGAUUGGUUCUGCAAUUUCUGCUUUGGCUAUUGUAGCCGCUGGAAUGACAAUGCUUUAA